UAUCACCAUCUCUUUGCAGCUGCACCAGCUCUGGGCAAAUACCCCCAUAAUCACCACAAGAACCGCACCCGCAGGAAUGUCGACCGGGCUCCUGACCGCAGGCCUCGUGGUCGUACUGGCGCCCGUCAUGUACGCGUACCUGCAAUCACUCGCCGCGGCGCGCUUCCCGACCCCGCGCAACAAGCGUAUCUGCCUCCUGAUCGCCCACCCGGACGACGAGGCCAUGUUCUUUUCCCCGACCGUCCUGGCCCUGACCCGCCCCGAGACGGGCAACCAUGUGAAAAUCAUGUGUCUGAGCAGCGGAAACGCGGACGGGCUCGGGGAGACACGCAAGAAGGAGCUCGUCAAGAGCGGGAUGCUGCUUGGUCUGAGAAACGAGGAGGACGUCACCGUCAUAGAGUCCGAAUCGUUCCCGGACUCCAUGACAACGACAUGGGACCCCACCGCCAUCUCGGACCUGCUGACCUCGGCCUUUGCCCCUGACGCUGGCCGCGCCCCCGACAUCGACAUACUCGUCACUUUUGACUCCCAGGGCGUCUCGUCCCACCCCAACCACAUCUCGCUCUAUCACGGCGCCCGCGCCUUCGUCUCGUCGCUGCGCCGAGGCGGAUCUGGCACGCUCGCCCUCUACAGCCUGACCUCGGUCUCCUUCCUGCGCAAAUACACAUCCAUACUCGAUGCCGUCGCCACCCUGGCAACGAGCUGGGGGUUCGCCGCUGGCGGCCCGCCAUCCAAGGCCGAGGGCGGGCACCCAGGGGGGCUGGUCUUUAUGAACCCUCUCGGUGGUGGCAGCGGGGGUGGCGGUGCUCCCACCGGUCAUGAUAGCAGACCAGGCGGACGCAACGUCGCGACCGCCUGGAGGGCCAUGACCGAAGCCCACUUGAGCCAGAUGGUAUGGUUCCGAUAUGGCUGGAUCACUCUCAGCCGGUACAUGGUCGUCAACGACCUGAGGCUAGAGACAGUCGAGUGAUGGCGUCUGCUCCCGGGUAGGCCAAGAUGUUUUGAUGUAGUGCUGGAAAGCGUUGAAUUCUUGUUCCUUUUCUUUUUUUUUCUACCGAUAUACCCGACAUCUAGUAUAGUCUUUUGGACACAUCCGGUACUGUCCUCGGGCCUGUUCCCAGCUCUAUAUUUACAGAGGUGCUAUUCACAAUCCAUGUAGCUACUCUUAGGCGAACUGCCUCUCGAUCCAUCUCGAGCCGAUCUGCCCCGUAGCAUGAGCUGGCACUUCAAAUAUCGAC